AUGGCGAAGAGACUGUCCUCAUCUCCUGACUACACGAGUUUGCUCGACAAGUAUGACACUUGGCUGUUCGACUGCGACGGCGUGCUGUGGCAGGGCGAUCGCCUGGUCGAAGGCGUCCCCGAGGUGCUCAACCUCCUGCGCACACAUAAGAAGCGCAUCCUAUUCGUCACCAACAACGCGACCAAGUCGCGCAAGAGCUACAAGAAGAAGUUCGACCAGCUUGGGUUAGAGGCUCGCGUCGAUGAGGUCUUUGGCUCAGCGUAUGCGUCCGCCGUCUACAUCUCUACGGUGAUGAAGAUGCCGAAGCACAAGAAGGUCUACGUCGUCGGGAUGAAGGGCCUUGAGGAAGAGCUCGAGGAAGAGGGCAUCCAGCACCUCGGCGGCACGGACCCCGCGGACAACACGCUCGCCGAGUUCCAUCUGAAGGACUUCCAGCCCGACCCCGACGUGGGCGCCCUCUCCAAGGCGUUCACCUACCUCCGCCGCAACCCCGGCUGCGUCUUCCUCGCGACGAACAUCGACAGCACGUACCCGAGCGCGGACGGCCUCCUCCCCGGCGCGGGCUCGAUCAGCGCGCCGCUCGCCUGCGCACUCGGGCGGGAGCCGCUGAGCAUCGGGAAGCCGGCGGAGACGAUGAUGGACUGUAUCAAGGCGAAGUACCAGUUUGACCCCGCGCGGGCGAUCAUGGUGGGAGAUCGGCUCAACACGGACAUCGAGUUUGGCAACCGAGGAGGGCUCUCCACGCUGCUCGUGCUGACAGGCAUCACGCACGAGUCGGAAGUCGUCGGCCCCAGCGCGUCGACGACGAUUCCGACCUAUUUGACGAACUCAAUCGGCGACCUGCGUGCUGCGAUCUCAUGA